AUGCCCACUCAUCACCGUCAACAUCCUCAACAACCGCAGCACCAGACACGCACUAACGGUUCAGGCCCAGGACACUCGGUUUCCUCGUCUAAUGUCGUUGGCGUUCAUUAUAAAGUUGGAAGAAAAAUUGGUGAAGGCAGUUUUGGCGUCAUCUACGAAGGUAUCAACUUGAUGAACAACCAACAAGUAGCUAUUAAGUUCGAAUCGAGAAAGUCAGAUGCACCUCAAUUACGAGAUGAAUAUCGAACAUACAAAAUAUUAGCAGGCCUAAGCGGCAUUCCAGCUGCUUAUUAUUUUGGUCAGGAAGGAUUACACAGCAUAUUGGUUAUAGAUAUUUUGGGACCUAGUCUAGAAGAUUUAUUCGAUAUGUGCUCACGUAAAUUUAGUAUAAAAACAGUUGCUAUGUUAGCAAAACAAAUGAUUACUCGUGUACAGUCAAUUCAUGAGCGUAACCUCAUCUAUCGAGAUAUCAAACCCGAUAAUUUCUUAAUUGGCAGACCGAAUGCCACGAAUUCCACUACUUCUGCUAUUGCAUCACAACAACAGCAGUCCUCAUCACCCACGAAGCAUGGUGGGAAUGACUAUCAGCAUAAUAGUAACAAUACCAUUUACAUGAUAGACUUUGGCAUGGCUAAACUUUACCGCGACCCAAAAACGAAACAACAUAUACCUUACCGUGAAAAGAAAAGUUUAUCUGGUACAGCACGUUAUAUGAGUAUCAACACGCAUUUAGGCCGAGAACAAUCUAGAAGAGAUGAUUUAGAAUCCUUGGGUCAUGUAUUUAUGUAUUUCCUGCGAGGUGCUUUACCUUGGCAAGGGUUAAAGGCAGCCACCAAUAAACAGAAAUAUGAAAAAAUUGGAGAGAAAAAACAAACGACAUCAAUAAAGGAUUUAUGCGAAGGAUUUCCAGAGGAAUUCGGUUUAUAUCUGCAGUAUGCACGUAGACUCGACUUUGAAGAGAACCCUAACUAUGGAUACAUGAAAGACUUAUUUGAUAAAGUACUGGAUGACAUUGGAGAGACAGACGACGGUAUCUACGAUUGGAUGCUCUUGAACGACGGUAAGGGUUGGGAAUAUUCUCGUCAUCAUUAUCAACCGCAGCACCACCCUCCCUAUCACCCAUACAAUAACGGUAGCAAUAACAACAACAGACAGCACAAGCAUAACGCUGUGAUGGCUUUAAACCAUGCUGCUUCAAAUCCAUCAUCGCCUAAUAGCAAUAGUCACAAAAACUACUAUCAACAGCAGCAGAAGAGAAGAUUAUCCAAAAGAUAUAGUAGUAAUGUAGGAGUCUAUAAAGCUAGCCAACCUAUGUUAACAGCAGAUUAUGUUACUCCAGUGUAG